GAAAGUUUUAACCGAGCGAGGUUUGUGAACUGCUGUAGGGGUAUCCUUGUUUCUCAGCGAGUUAAUCAUGUGGAAUGUUAACUAGAGGAAUACAGAGAAGCUCGGGUGGUUUUACAGACAGCAACAGACAUGAAGUGUCUUCUAGUGGCCACCGAGAGUGCAGAAGUCCUAUUCUACUGGACUGACACUGAGUUUGAGCUGAAUAUUCAGGAACAAUAUGGGGGUUCUCAAGAGGAGGGGGGAAGACUGCCAGCAUUUGAAGACAGCAUCAACACAUUGUUUGCUCCAAUCAUCAUCUCCUGCAGUUCCAUGGUUGACAGACUAGGGGACAGCUACACCUCUUUCAUCACGGAGAACAAUCAUAUCUAUGUGCUACAUCAGUUUGAAGAAUGCCUGUACAUUGCUGUGAAUGGGGAUGGGGAGGAGAGUGAGGAGGACCUAAAGAGGAAAAUCUAUGUGAUGAAUAAGCUUACUAAGAUCUUGUUUGGGAUGGUGACCCUCAGCCCUCUGUUAAGGAAAGAAUUGCGUCCUCAAGACACUGCGCAAAGAAACCGCAUAUGGAAGAAACUGCGGAGUCUCCUUGAGACGUACAGCCGCCUGCGAGAACACGACCAGAGCUUUCUAGUCGAGGCAGUGGAGAGGUUGAUCCACCCAACGCUGUGUGAGCAGUGCAUAGAGUUUCUGGAGCGGAAGCUGGUGCAGCAGAUCAACAGCAGUGUGGAGAGAGCAGGAGAAGAGGUGCUACAUGCCUUCAUACUGGUUCACACCAAACUGUUGGCCUUCUACUCCAGCCGUAACGCCAGCACUCUUGCCUCCUCGGACCUGCUUGCACUUAUCGUCAUGCUGCAGGACAUCUGUCCCAGCAGCUUCCUUGAUGACACGACCCCAGAGGAGCUGGAGAGUACUUCAGCACCAGAUGUUUUCUACACUCCAGAGCCGUCCCCCACUGACCAAGACUCAGGACGACUAAGCAGUGAUAGUCCCCCUGUCUUCCAGUUUGUGGAUCCUGACAUUCAGAUGGCAGAGGACAGUCUGCAGAUGCUUAAAGUGCCAGCCCCUGACCCUAUGACCCCAUCCAGAGUAUUCCUGGAAGCAACACUGAAGGAAGGCUUCUUUCCCAUGAUGCCCCAUUCUAUGUACUGUUUACCUCUGUGGCCUAGUAUUACCCUAGUUCUGUUGACCAAGGUCCCUAACAGUCACGUGGCCGUGUCAGUGUGUGGAUAUCUGGAGGUCAUUACUAAGCUGGAAAAGAGGUUGAGUGAGGGGUUGCAGGGGGCAGCAGCCUCACGGGGUCAACCCCCAAUCCAUGAGCUCCGCAACAAACUGGACAGGUUCAUCCGCUUCCUUGCCAGCAUGGAUAUCCAGACCUCCCAUCUGCAGAACGUCUGGACAGAGUUCAAAAACAAGGCGUUCAGUAGAUCAGGACCUGGCCUCACCAGAGCGCUGGUGCCCUCGUGUCGGAGCCUGAGGAUUCAGCUGUGUGCCGUGUUCCGGCAGUGUUUUGUAGCGGAGUGUGUGGGUGGAUCCCAGCGACUGGCUCCUACACUUCAGGAGCGAGCGCUGUGCAUGGUGCAAGAGAAGCUGAUGGACUGGAAGGACUUUCUGCUGGUGAAGAGCAGGCGAAAUAUCACCAUGGUGUCUUACCUGGAGGAGUUCCCUGGUCUUGUGCAUUUCAUUUAUGUGGACCGCAGUACAGGACAAAUGAUUGCCCCAUCUCUGCACAUGACUGACCAUGCGGCCUCUGAGCUCGGCAAGGGCCCCCUGGCAUACUUUAUUAAAAACAAGGUGAGGGACUUCGUUGCAACCACACGGCGGUAUUUGCAGAAAGGCUACACCACGGUGACUCUGCGUGAUGGAGACUAUUAUUUCUGCUACUUCCUCUGGUUUGAGAAUGAGACGGGUUACAAGCUGGAGGUCAUAGAUAUACCCAGUCUUCCUGAUGAUUCCGCCCCUAUAGGAAUGCUGGCCUACAAUUAUUACAGUAAGCUGCUGCGGUUCUACAGUAAGAACUAUCACAGUGAGGUGGUGAAGUGCUUCGAGCUACUGACUGUACACCUCGGGGUCAUCCCCACCGAAUACAUCCUGCAGCAUUGUAGCCAGCUGGCACGCAAGAUGUGGGAGCCCUCCCGGAUCCCCCUCUUGUGAGCAUCUCACUGGGCCUGCCCUGGACCAGUUCCUCUCACCCCCUCCACUAGGAGGUGCACCAAGACCCCACUCAGACUGACUUCAAUCUCUAACUGAAAAUUAUGCACUGAUGGGCUUUUACAACACUGUGCAUUUUGCAGUCUAACAUUCUUUGCUGUGUUGUGUAUAUUAUGAUAAAUGAUGGCCCUUGUUUCUGAACUGUUUUUAGAGAAUUAUGACCAAAUGGUAUAAAAAAGACACCUUUUGGCUUUGAGCGAGGCCAAGAUUUGAAGGCACUGUCCUGAAUGUUUGUAUCAACGCUUCUUAAAUACAGUGGCCCACAGUUCUCACGCAUUGUACUCAUUUCUGCUCCUACUUUUACUGUUUGUUGCUGUAACGGAAAUUGUUCUAUUUAAACACUUACCAGGGUUUUCUUUUUUUUUUUUUCUUUUUUUUUUUUUUUUGAAAAAAAGUUUCAUAAGCACAGUUUAAAUCCUCCUUUUGGACAUAUUCAUCUCUAACAUUAUAAUAUUACUAAUAAAAUAUGUAUGACCUCAUACUAAAAUCUACAAUGAAAAUCACAUUUCUUACUCAAAGUAGGGAAUAAAAUUAACUCGAAGUCCUCUAAGGCCCGUCAAAGAAUCCAUACCUUGCACCUUUAUGACUGAUAUUGUUAAUGAAAUUUGACACUUUAUUGCAGAAUUGAGUGCCUUAAAAUAUUGAUUAUGAAGACUUUUUUUUUUUCACUCCAAAUUUUUGUAUUUGUAAGCAUCAGUGUUUGUCUAAAUAAACUUGUGUAACAGUGAA